AUGUCUAACAACAUGGCCAAAAUCGCAGAGGCCCGCAAGACGGUUGAGCAGCUGAAACUGGAGGUGAACAUCGACCGCAUGAAGGUCUCUAAGGCAGCGGCGGAUCUACUGGCUUACUGUGAAGCUCACGCCAAAGAAGAUCCACUGGUUACCCCAGUACCCUCUUCCGAGAAUCCUUUCCGUGAGAAACGCCUCUUCUGCAUCGUGCUGUGAGCCUGGGGAGUUUGCAAACUGAACAUCUGGAGAAGAUGUUUUGGGGAUGUAAUGUCCUUAUGCAGGAAGAAUCAUCUGUACCUUCCCAUGUUAUAAACACCAGAUUCAGGACAGGGGGGCAAAUUAGCUCAAGAAAAUUGUAUGGGGGAAGCGUUAAAAGCCCACGCCCCUCCAGCAGAUCCUUUGCA